GGUGUAGACAUUUAGAUGCAGGCGUUCCAAUUGGAUAUGUGUAUAAAAGGCAGAAGGCAGGGCAUGUUGGGUACAGACUUGUGUUUUGGUUUCUGUGUAAAGAAAACAGAAUAUAUUCAAUAUGUCUGGCCGUGGCAAAAAGGUGCAGAAGGCUGCUAGCGGCAAGGCCUCCAGAUCAGCCAAGGCAGGUUUGCAGUUCCCAGUGGGUCGUAUCCACAGGCUUCUGAGGAAGGGAAACUACGCUGUGAGAAUUGGUUCUGGAUCUGCCAUCUACCUGGCCGCCACUCUGGAAUACCUGUGUGCUGAGGUGUUGGAAUUGGCAGGGAACGCUGCCAGGGACAACAAGAAACUCCGGAUCAUGCCAAGGCACAUCCAGCUGGCAGUCAGGAAUGAUGAUGAACUGGCCAAGCUGUUUGAGGGUGUGACCAUCGCUGAUGGAGGAGUCCUGCCCAACAUCCAAUCUGCUCUGCUGCCAAAGAAAACGGUCAAAGGCUCCUCAUCUUCACAAGAACCUACAGCAGUUGAGUCCCAGGAAUUUUAAGGCUGCACAGGGACUCUGAUCUGUAGCGUUAAUUAUCUGGGGUGCAUUUCUCCUAAGUCUGUCUUAAUGUUAUUUAACUUAUAGCUUGCACUAAAUCUAGAUUUCUUUUUUUAAUGUUAAUAAUAAAAAUGGUUUUACCUUGCUAUUCAA